AUCACAAUAUCUGGUAUCCUAUCAUCUGUCCAUCUGUAAGGGCAAAGGCUUACAGAAGGCAAUGUGGUGAGGGCGGAUUAUUAGCCCGCUGUGGUGUAGCCGCGGAUCGGAAGAUUAAUUCCGGCGCGGCCAUCAGGGUGGUUCCUUUGCCCUCGGAGUACAGUUGUACGUGCAAGGGUAAGGCAUAACCUGCAUCAUUGCACAUAUUGCCUGCGGCACCUGAAAAAAAUGGCAGCUCCGCCACCGCCUAGCCCUGGACCGGAUGUGGAUUUAGAUAGAUUGGGGCAAGUGGUUGUGUGUUUUUCCCAGACGAUAUACCGUUCUAAUGGCGUUUGGGAAGGGCCUGAUCCACUGGCGCCCAUGAUCCCUCUCUUCAUCUUGCAAAUCAUGAUGGCCAUCCUCAGUUCUCGCAUCUGCAACUUCGUCCUCAGGCCCUUAAAUCAACCUCCAAUCGUUGCUGAAAUUCUUAGUGGUAUAAUUUUGGGGCCGAGUAUGCUUGGACACAUUGAAGGAUUCAGAAAGCAUCAUUUCCCCAACCACAAUUUCGAAACCAUAGAGACGAUGGGGCAUUUCGCCCUGGUGCUCUACGCCUUCCUCACCGGCCUCCAAAUGGACGUAAAAUCACUGGUGCAUACCGGAACCAAAUCCAGGAUCGUCGCCGCUUCCGGAUCAAUCAUCCCUUUCCUCAUCGGAGCCGCAAUUUUCUUCAUCUUGCAAGCCGAGGCUCAAUCUAUGAUCGGCUUCAUAUUCUGCGGCGCCGCCCUUACCGUCACAGGCUUCUCCGUUUUAGCCAAAAUCCUCGAUUCCAAGAGACUUCUCAACACCGAGAUCGGCAAAAUAGCGGCGUCUUCCGCCCUAAUCAACGACGCAUUCUCCUGGGUUUUCCUAACCCUAGGACUCCUCUUCGCAGGGAGCUUAGGUAAUGUCCAGUGGGCGGUGCUUAGCACGGUGGGGUUUGUGGUUUUCUUCGCCAAUUAUGUCCGCCCCUUACUCAAUUGGCUCAUCUCCAAAACGCCGGAGGGGCAAGGGUUCAGCGAGUUCUACAUAUGCUCUUUCAUUGCCGUCAUAUCCGCCGUCGGUUGCUUCACGGAUGCAAUCGGGACACAUCCGAUGAUCGGAGCAUUUGUUUUCGGGCUUAUUAUGCCUAAUAAUGAAGUUCUUAGUACGGCCAUCUUGGACCGGCUGGAGGAUUUCGUGAUGGGAAUCUUCAUGCCCGUGUUCUUCCUUGUGUGUGGGCUUAGAACCAACACUUUUACCUUGACAAAUGGUAAUACCAGCAUUUUCACCGUCCUAGCGCUCAUCCUGCUCGCCUGUUCAGCCAAGAUCAUCGGCGCUCUCGUUGCGUCUUGUUACACCGGCAUGUCCGCCAAAGAGGCAAUUGGGCUGGGUAUUCUCAGCAACACCAAAAGCACCAUGGUUAUGAUCAUUCUUGAAGUUGGUCAAGUCCAACAGGUUUUGAGCGUUCAACAAUACACCGUAAUGGUAAUUGCAGUCUUGAUCAUGACAAUAGUGGCGACUCCCCUUGCGGCUAUGUAUUGUCCCACACAGGAUUUGGUGCCCUAUAAACGAAGGACCAUACAAAAUGCUAAAUCGGAAGAAGAGCUUAGAAUCCUAGCAUGCAUCCAUGGCACCAACAAUCUUCCUGCCGUUAUCAGCCUCCUGGAAUCAUCCAACUCCACCGUAUCAUCCCCCAUCACCGUCUUCGGCGCCCAGCUUGUGGAAUUGGUGGGCCGCGCUCCGGCUAUGAUGGUGGUCCAUAGCUCCGGCUCCGGCAGGCACGUCGGAGGCUCCCAGGAAGAUAUCCAGACCAGCCAAAUCAUCAGCACGUUCGACAACUACGAGCUCCGUUCCCAUGGGGUUAGCACUCAAGUCUUGACCGCUAGAUCCCCUUAUGACACCAUGGCGGAUGAUAUAUGUAAAAUGGCCAAGGAAAAGCGGGCGGCGUUUAUCAUCCUUCCUUUUCAUAAGCAACAAGGGGAAGACGGUGAAAUGGAAGAUAUGAACUCGGCGAUUCAGACCGUGAACGAGGGCGUUCUCCUGAGCGCGCCUUGCUCGGUCGGGAUCCUCGUCGAGCGUGGACGGCCGAGCAAAUAUGCUAAGAACAUCGCCGUGCUGUACCUCGGCGGGCCCGACGACCGCGAGGCGCUGACCUACGCGUGGAGGAUGUCGGCCCUCCCAGACGUCCAUCUGACCAUCAUAAGGUUCGUUCCGGGGAAAGACGUUUCCGCGGAGGUCGAGGAAGACGCGGAUGCCGACCUGGAACUCACCCGGGAAAACAGCUUCGUGAGCGUAAGCAUCGACCCGGCCAAAGACAAAGCUGAGGACGAAGACCUCUUGAACACCUUCAGAACCGGAACCGAAGGUGACGAGUCAAAGAAACUCAUAGAAUUAGUUUUAGACGACGAGGAAGAGUUCACCAACGCUAUUAAAUCUCUAGACGACCGAAGCUUCGAUCUCUACGUGGUGGGUCGGGGGCGAGGAGUGUCAUCCGCGCUAACGUCCGGACUAGCGGAUUGGUGUGAGUGCCCGGAGUUAGGGGCCGUGGGAGACCUACUAGUAACGUCGGAAUUCGAGUCUUCAUUCUCGGUGCUGGUGGUGCAACAAUAUGUGAGGAUGAACAAGAACGGCCCCUCGCCGUCGUCCUCCUCCGGGGGAGGAUCAAUGGCAUCGGCGGCGGAAUCAAUGAGUCAGAGAAUGGACACAGAUAUGCAGAUGGAUAUGGGGUUCCGGAUGUCGUUUAGUGAACACGAACCUGACACCUCAUAUGAUUCUCCCACUUCCAGCAUUGGCAGGAGGCAGCAGGAGCAUCAUUAUAUGGUGUGAUCUUGGGACGAUGGAUAUAUAAAUCCAUCCAAUUGAAUUGAAUUUAAAACUAGUCUUCAAUUUUCUAAACAUCUAGCUAAUCUAAUUCUGUUCCUAUAUAUUGCGCCUCAAUGCAAAUCUCAUGUAUUACAAGAUUGAAUAAAUAAUUAAUUAAAUUCUUAAUGUGAACAAAUAUAAUUUAAAAUUAUAAUAAAAAAAAA